UCAUUCAAAUAAGCGUUGAUAACAGUCAGGUGAGAACAGCUGAGCCGAGUUGCCACCUAUCGAAAAAUCGCACCAACAGAUGCUGCAACACCGUUGUUGUUGCCGUGGCUGUGACGUAACUGCCGGCCACAAUAUGAAAUCGAAUUUAUUCAAGUCACGGAUGUCAAUUGAUUAUAAUUGCCUCGCCGUGUUUGGAACUGAAAUUUUUAUUAGAACUUAAGUGUUUAGUUUGCGACAAAUCGAUAACGGGCACAUUUAAAGGUUGUUGCGAUCAUUCUCCCACAAAAAAUACACGUGGUAGGGUGUCCGAAGACCCGCCAAUCCGAAACACCUGUGUGCUUUGAAAGCGAUUAGAGUGCUUUUUGUUUAUAUACGACAUUCAUAAGGUGGACGUAUAGCCGGCCGGUUUGUCUGCAAUUGCCGCAUAAUAAAUUCGCAAUUAUCUAACAAUCGUUAAGGCAGCGAUUUCUGUGUAAAUAUAACGAGGGCACUUCAAAGUGAUACGUAUUUUUGGAUCCAGAGAUAAGAUUGAGCCAGAGACGACCAUGGCCUGAUACACCAGAUAGUUCCUGAAUCCAGGUGACCAGUGAUUUGUUGAGUUUCUCUAGCCCAGAUGCAUAACUCCAGCUGACGGCAUCUGACCGUUAUACAAUUUCGUUCAUCCCGCCGCCAUGAGGGAGUGGUUGAAGAUCUCCUGCUUGCUGUGCGUCUUCGGAUGCGUCAGAGAAAUCCGGCCAUCGGAGCCCUAUGUCACGGAGUACCUUCUUGGACCAUGGCGGAAUAUUACAGAGAACCAGCUCACCCACGAUGUCUAUCCUGUGGGAACAUAUUCGUACCUGGUGCAGCUGGUUUUUGUUUUCUUAAUAACAGAUUUUUUAAGAUACAAGCCGCUGAUCAUCACCAUUGGAGCCACCGGUGUGAUUAUAUGGAGUAUGCUCAUCUGGACCACUAGUCUGAUCUCCCUGCAGAUUCUGGAGUUCUUCUAUGGCACCUACAUGGCUGCUGAGGUGGCAUACUAUACGUACAUCUACGCCAAAGUAGACAAAAAGUACUAUCCCAAGGUUACCUCCCACACGCGGGCUGCCAUGUUUGCAGGGAAAUUGAUUUCUGGAAUCACCUCCCAGCUCAUGCUCUACUGGGACCUGAUGGACUACAAGCAGCUCAACUACAUUACUCUGGCAACCCAAAUCAUAGCUAUGCUGUGGGCUUUCAGUCUACCAAGAGUGGAUAAGAGCCUUUACUUCCAUCGCGAGCAGGUGCCCGUGACAGAGCAGCAGACUCAGCUGCCCGGAGAGAGCAACCUGGAAGUGUCUGAUCAGCCCCGGGAAAGUGCCACCAAGCAGCCCAGUGCAUUGGCACUUCUGUGGCAGCAUUUUCGCAGCGCCUAUACCAAUGGACGCGUGAUUCAGUGGAGCUUGUGGUAUGCCAUCGGAUUGGCCGGCUACUUACAAGUUACCUACUACGUUCAGGUUCUGUGGAAAACCAUUGAACCCGAGCCUGAGAUGGCCUGGAACGGAGCGGUAGAUGCUGUUCUAACUGCCCUGGCCGCAUUGUGUGCCUUGGCAGCUGGUUACCUUCAUACAGGACGUCUCAAUCCACGCACUUCUCUACUAAUUCUGGCCUUUUUGUCCGCCGUGGAGGGUGGCUGCGUGUUACUCUGCUGCUGGACAGAAAACAUAUACUGGUCUUAUGUCGGGUUCAUUUUAUUUGGUGCUCUCUAUGGCUUCACCAUUACUGUAGCAAGUGCCGAAGUGGCUCGAAACCUUCAGGAGGAAAGCUUCGGAUUGAUCUUCGGCUUCAAUACUCUGGUGGCCCUCACUUUCCAAUCUCUCUUGACAAUGAUCUUUGUUACGGAAACCGGCUUUGAACUUUCGCCGGUGGGACAAUACACGGCAUAUGCCUUUUACUUCAUUGCUGUGGGAGUGCUGUACCUGAUAUCGGUUUUGGUGGAGUACAUCUGGUUCCCCGGCACAACCAGCGAAAAGCUGGAGAACUCGUUGGAAUAAUUGCAGAUGCAUUUAACCUGUACUUAACUAUGCCUUUUGGCUGGAUCAAGUUCUAAUGGACUCAAUGAAAUGGUGUUCCUAUCGCUGAAAUUAUAAGAUAGUAUUCCCGAAAAUAUUGAUUAGUUUCCCGGAAAAGU